AUGGAAUUCGGGGCAGGUUUUAGUGAAGAAGAUCAAAUGAGCAAAGGAAAAGGACUCCCUUUUUCUUCAUACUCAUCUUCUAAUUCAUCUCCUUCAUCUUCCUCUUCACAGCCAAAAAGCCAACUUGGAGUCCCUUUAGGCCAAAUCUAUGAAAACCACCAAAUGGGUUCUUGGUUAGGCAACAAGUAUGACCAAGAAGAUCAAGAUACAUCAAGAUUUAAUGAGAGUGGAGCUGUCACUGCCGCAAAACUUGACCUCAUGGAUGUCAAUGAUGAAGAAGAAGGCGGCCGAGGAGAAUUUAGUAGUGUGCAGGUGACAGAAAAGGAGCACAUGUUUGAUAAGGUUGUAACUCCAAGUGAUGUAGGAAAGCUAAAUCGUCUGGUGAUCCCAAAACAGCACGCAGAGAAGUACUUUCCUUUAGAUUCAUCAGCGAAUGAGAAGGGUCUUUUAUUGAAUUUUGAGGAUCGAAAUGGUAAACCUUGGAGAUUCAGGUAUUCGUACUGGAAUAGUAGCCAGAGCUAUGUUAUGACUAAAGGUUGGAGCCGUUUUGUGAAGGAGAAGAAGCUUGACGCUGGUGAUAUUGUGUCUUUUCAAAGAGGGGCAGGUGAAUUGGGUAAAGAUCGUUUGUACAUUGAUUGGAGGCGCCGGCCGGAAGCACCGGACCACACCUCUCACCACCAACACUACCACCACAACCACCAUUUCUCAUCAAUCCCAUGGAGCCCUUUACUCAUGCGCCCACCAACAGGACCAGUCUUGCCAAGGGACCACCUCCACUUGUCUAAUCCUAAUAGAAAUGCUUAUUACGAUUCUCGUGGCAGUUCUUAUGGUUAUGGUUUUGGUAAUUACAACAAUGUGGUAAACCCUUGUUCAUCUUCUGGGCCAGUUUUUUACAUGAGAUCAUCAGCAGGAGCAACAGCAGUAGCUCCAGCUCCACAACAGGUUGGAAUGGGGAUGGUGCAAUGGCAGCUAGGAGGAGGUGGGGUGGUGGAGCCAAUGGUGUAUGAGUCGGUGCCAGUGGUCCAAGGCAAAGCAGCAGCAAAGAGACUGAGAUUGUUUGGUGUAAACAUGGAUUGCCCCAUUACAGAUCAAUCUGAUGACUAUGAUCACAAAUUUUCCUCAACAGCAGCAGCAUUACCUCAUAACGCUACUAUUGCAUUGCAGCCUACUCCUCAACUUGCUUCACAGUCUCUGCAACAUCCUCUCCACCAAUUGAGGCUAUAUAGAGGCACCCCACUACCAGCAAUGCCACCCUCCACUACUCAAUUUCUCCACAAAGGGAAGUCAUCAUCAUCAUCAUCCUCCAUGUCCUUGGAUUUAGAUAUCUGA